AGCUCUGCUAAUUGAAAUGUAAACAAACUCAUGUCUGGGGGGAGGGGUGCUGCAAAAACUUCGUUUUGGAGCAGGUAACAGCCGCUCCUCUUCAUGGCCAAUGACUAAGUCAAUUAUCAAAAUUGCCACAGCCUUUUUGAACUUUGAGGUCUGCUGUGAAGGCGAGCAUGAUAAAUUUUGAGCAACAUCUACAUACAGUAUUUGAGUAACGAGGAUCACCAAUGUCACAUACUCCUAAAAUAAUUACAGCAAAUAAAAUUAUAUAUAUGUUCACAAACACAACCGCACACACAGUAUAUUUAAACUGACUUAAAAAUUUACAAUUGUUUUUAAAGCAACAUAAUUCCAAACUCUAAUAUGGAAUUUAAUCGUUUCUUGGUUUCUUGGAAUUGGAAUUCUUUACUUAUUGAAUGCAAGUCAUAUUUUCCAGUUUCAAUGUCCAAAGCAGAAUAAAAUGAAUUGGAAUUUCUGGGGCCCUCCGUGAGUCGUCACCUUACCGUGGUGGAGGGGUUUGUGUGUCCCAAUAAUCCUAGAAGCUAAGUUGUCUGGGGCUUUAUGCCCCUGGCAGGGUCACCCAUGGCAAACAGGUUCUAGGUGAGGGGCCAGACAAAGCACGGCUCAAAGACCCCAAUGAUGAAUACAAUAAAUGGAUCUAGGUUUCCCUUGCCCGGACGCGGGUCACCGGGGCCCCCCUCUGGAGCCAGGCCUGGAGGUGGGGCUCGUUGGCAAGCGCCUGGUGGCCGGGCCUACACCCAUGGGGCCCGGCCGGGCACAGCCCGAAGAGGCAAUGUGGGUCCCCCUUCCCAUGGGCUCACCACCCAUGAGAGGGGCCAAAGGGGUCGGGUGCAAUGUGAGCUGGGCGGCAGCCAAAGGCGGGGACCCUGGCGGUCCGAUCCUCGGCUGCAGAAGCUAGCUCUUGGGACAUGGAAUGUCACCUCUCUGGCAGGGAAGGAGCCCGAGCUGGUGUGUGAAGCAGAGAAUUUCCGACUGGAUAUAGUCGGACUUGCCUCCACACACAACCUGGGUUCUGGUACCAGUUCUCUCGAGAGGGGUUGGACUCUCUUUCACUCUGGAGUUGCUCACGGUGAGAGGCACAGAGCAGGUGUGGGCAUGCUCAUUGCCCCCCGGCUCAGUGCCUGUACAUUGGGGUUCACACCGGUGGACGAGAGGGUUGCAUCCCUUCGCCUGCGGGUGGGGGGACGGGUCCUGACUGUUGUUUGUGCAUAUGCACCAAACAGCAGCUCAGCAUACCCACCCUUUUUGGAGUCCUUGGAGGGUGUGCUGGAGAGUACUCCUGCUGGGGACUCCCUUGUUCUGCUGGGGGACUUCAAUGCUCACGUGGGCAAUGACAGUGAGACCUGGAGGGGCGUGAUUGGGAGGAACGGCCCCCCCGAUCAGAACUCGAGUGGUGUUUUGUUAUUGGACUUCUGUGCUCGUCACGGACUGUCCAUAACGAACAACUUGUUCAAACAUAAGGGUGUCCACAUGUGCACUUGGCACCAGGACACCCUAGGCCGUAGUUCCAUGAUCGACCUUGUGGUCGUGUCAUCGGAUUUGUGGCCGCAUGUUCUGGACACUCGGGCGAAGAGAGGGGCGGAGCUGUCAACUGAUCACCACCUGGUGGUGAGUAGGCUCCGAUGGUGGGGGAAGAUGCCGGUCCGUCCUGGCAGACCCAAACGUAUUGUGAGGGUCUGUUGGGAGCGUCUGGCAGAAUCCCCUGUCAGAAGGAGUUUCAACCCCCACCUCCGACAGAGCUUUUCCCAUGUUCUGGGGGAGACGGGGGACAUUGAGUCCGAGUGGACCAUGUUCCGUGCCUCUAUUGUUGAGGCGGCCAAUCUGAGUUGUGGCCGUAAGGUGGUUGGUGCCUGUCGUGGCGGCAACCCUCGUACUCGCUGGUGGACACCAGCAGUAAGGGAUGCCGUCAAGCUGAAGGAGUCCUAUCGAGCCUUUAUGGCCUGUGGGACGCCAGAGGCAGCUGACGGGUAUCGACUGGCCAAGCGGAACGCAGCUUUGGUGGUCGCCGAGGCAAAAACCAGAGCAUGGGAAGAGUUCGGUGAGGCCAUGGAAGCCGACUUCCGAACGGCUUUGAGGAAAUUCUGGUCCACCAUCCGACGUCUCAGGAGGGGGAAGCAGUGCACCACUAACACUGUGUACAGUGGGGAUGGGGCGCUGUUGACUUCAACUCGGGACGUUGUGAACCAGUGGGCAGAAUACUUCGAAGACCUCCUCAACUCCACCAACACGCCUUCCUUGGAGGAAGCAGAGCCUGGGGACUCUGAGGUGGGCUCUCCUAUCUCUGUGGUUGAAGUCACCGAUGUGGUUAAAAAGCUCCUCAGUGGCAAGGCCCGCAGUUCCUCAAGGCUCUGGAUGUUGUGGGGCUGUCCUGGUUGACACGCCUCUGCAACAUCGCGUGGUCAACAGGGAGAGUGCCUCUGGAUUGGCAGACCGGGGUGGUAGUCCCUCUUUUUAAAAAGGGGGACCGGAGGGUGUGUUCCAACUACAGAGGGAUCACACUCCUCAGCCUCCCUGGUAAGGUCUAUUCAGGGGUGCUGGAGAGGAGGGUCCAUCAGGAAGUCGAGCCUCAGAUUGAGGAGGAGCAGUGUGGUUUUCGUCCCGGCCGUGGAACAGUGGACCAGCUCUACUCCCUUAGCAGGGUUCUCGAGGGUAUGUGGGAAUUCGCCCAACCAGUCUACAUGUGUUUUGUGUACUUGGAGAAGGCGUUUGACCGUGUCCCUCGGGGAGUUCUGUGGGGGGUGCUUCGUGGGUAUGGAGUACCGAACCCCCUGUCUCGGAGUUGUUUGUCCACAACCCCCCACCCCCCAUAGAAUUUAUUUUGUGAUUUCCUCUCUUGAUUUUCAGUUUGGCGCAUUAGUGUUUGCUUUUCUGAGUGUCAUUGAAGUCAUCGUUCAUUUACGUUUUCUUGGGUGGUCACUCUCGAGCAGAAGGCAUGGAAACCGAGAAGGAGAAGGACGUGCCGGUCCAGUAGUCGCUUGAGUUGUGUAUCUACAGUACGUUUUAAAAAGAACCAACACGACAGCUCGUUUGUUUUCUGUCGUUUUGCUCCGCUGCAGAAACUGCCGUGUGAAGCGGCUUUUUACGUGUGAACGCUCCACACAAUUUGCUGCGGUGCAAAAUAUAUCGCAACAAAAUAUAUCGGUGCAGCGCCGGCGCAAAUGUGUGCCGUGUGAACGGCCCUUUAGUCAAUCAGUUCCUACAACAACAAAUCGCAACCGGCCCCUUGCUAGGUUCUGAUAACCUUCAAUCUUGGCUCCGGCCUCCCUGUAUGAGGUUUGCAUGUUCUCCCCGGGCCUGUGUGGGUUUUCUCCAGGUACUCCGGUUUCCUCCCACAUUCCAAAAACAUGCAUGAAAGAAUAAUGGAACACUCUAAAUUGUCCCUAGGUGUGAGUGUCAGUAUGGAUGGUUGUUCAUCCAUGCGUGUCCUUUUAGAACAGCUUUUCACAUGG